UACAUUUUGUUAUGCAUUUGGUUAACAUCUUGUAAGAUAACAUGAUUCUUAUCGGAAUUCAACAAGUUUUUUAAAAGUUUUUUAUCCAAACUAUUUUUGUAACCUGUUAUAAAUUAUUGUAUUUCCAUCGGAAGUCCGGCGAUAUGAGGAGAUCAGAGAGAUUUUGGGAUAGCUUCCUCCGCCGGCGCCACCUCUAUUGCUACUUGAUCCUUGACCAAAGCCAACUCCAACUCCACAACUUGCUGUCAGUUUUUACCACCUAUUAACUAUGGUGAAAAAGAUUGGAAGACCAAAUUCUGCAUUCACAUAGAUGAGAACUGAUUUGCCUCUUAGGCUUCAACUAUUUCUCCUUAAUUAUUAAGCACCUCAACAACCCAAUUGUGUCAGUUUUCUCACCAUAUACCAAAAGCUGAUAAUUUACUGUUAGUUGAUCUUUAGCAAUAUUCUUCAACAAUGUCUUAUGCUUCUCCUUCCAAAGAUUGGAAGUAUGAUGUCUUUUUGAGCUUUAGAGGUGAAGAUACACGUAAAAACUUUGUGAGUCAUCUCUAUAAUGCUCUAGAACAGAGAGGAAUACAUGCUUUCAAAGAUGAUGACCGGCUGGAAACGGGAAAAUCAAUUUCUUAUGAACUUCUGAAAGCCAUAGAAGAGUCUAGAUUUGCCGUCGUGAUAUUCUCAAAAAGCUAUGCAUCCUCAAAAUGGUGCUCAGAGGAGCUUGCACACAUCAUAAAGUGUCAAAGUGAAUUGGAGCAGACUGUGAUUCCAAUCUUUUAUGAUGUGAGUCCAUCUGAUGUACGCCAUCAAAAUCCACCAUUUGCCGAGUCAUUUUCCCAACAUGAGGAAAAAUACAAAGAUGAUAUGGAGAAGGUUCAAAGAUGGAGGGAUGCAUUUGCGGAGGCUGGAAAAUUAUCAGGACAUGAUCUAAAAAAUUAUAAGGAUGAGGUUGAUUGCAUCAAUAAGGUAGUUGAUUACAUAUUACCAAAGUCACUUCAAGCUAUCCCAACGUCAUCCGGAAGCUUAGUGGGCGUGGAACCUCAAAUUGAGAAAAUAAUUUCAUUAUGGGAUAUGGAAUCAAAUGAUGUUCGUUCCAUUGGAAUAUGGGGGAUGAGCGGUAUUGGCAAGACAGAAAUUGUAAGUAUCAUAUAUGAGAGAUAUCGUCAUCUAUUUGAUGCUGAUUGUUUUCUUGGUGAUGUUGGAGAAAUGUACCAGAAAAAGGGUCUUACAUGGAUACAACAAGCUCUCAUCCGUAAGCUAUUGGGGAAAAAGAUACCUAUAACUAGUGAACGCGAAGGUGCCAUACUUAUAAGGAAUCAGCUUUGCUGGAAGAAAGUUUUGGUCAUUCUUGAUGAUGUAAACCAUCUAAAUCAACUAAAAUUUUUAGUUGGAGGGACAGAGUGGUUUGGCGGGGGUAGUAGAGUUUUGAUUACCACGAGAGACAAGCACCUGAUAAUCGCUCAUGUAGGGGAGAACAAAGUGUAUGAAGUCCUACUAUUAUCUGAGAAUGAUGCUCUUGAACUGUUUUGCCUGCAUGCUUUCAAGAGAAAAUCUCCAGAGAGAGAUUUUGAGGAGCUUUCAAGGGAAGUGGUGAAGUAUGCUGAUGGGCUCCCAUUAGCUCUUGAAGUUUUGGGUCCUUCUUUUUGUGGACGAAACAAAGAGCAAUGGAGAGAUAUAAUUGAUAGACUGAAGAAAAUCCCUAAUGAUGACAUUUUAGGAAAACUUAAGAUUGGUCUUGAUUGAUUGAAUAAAGAUGAGAUGAGAAUAUUUUUGGAUAUCGCAUGCUUGUACAGUCAUGAACAAAGAUAUUAUGAGGAACGAAUACUUAAGAGUUGUGGUAUUCUUCACUUGAUAGAAAUAAGCCGUCUCAUUGAAAAAUCUCUCUUAUCCAUCAGUAGAGAUGGCUACAGCUACAUAUUUAAUAUGCAUAGUUUGAUUAGAGGAAUGGGUGAAAAUGUCCUCAAGGAAGAGCACACAAACAGCAGAAUAUGGCUUCAUGAGGAGGUUCAUGACCUUUUUGCUGGAAAGUUG